UAUUUGAAGAGGGUAUGAGCGAGGGGUGUAAGCGAGUCGAGAUUGGAUUGGCUUAGGUACUAGAUUUGGUCAAACUUGACUUGAUCCAACUGUGCUUAGAUGUUUCAAAAAAAUAUUAUUUAUUUAGAACUCUAAAAUCUAAGCAUUGCUCGAACCCUCUUCAAAUAGAAAUCCCAAAUUCAAUUAUGUUUGCUGCAAAAGUAUUAAUUAAAGGCAGCAUCAAUAUAGCUUACUAGUUGUAAUAUGUAUUCUCUGUAGAAUUGGCACAGUAUUUUGUUUGUCUUACCUUGUGAAUUGCUAUCUAUUGGGAAACUUGGGAAAAGAUUAUUCAAAGACCGUUGGAGUAGUUGAUCUUGGUGGUGGAUCUGUUCAAAUGGCUUAUGCCAUCUCAGAGACAGAUGCUGCCAUGGCUCCAAAAGUAGUAGAUGGGGAGGACCCAUAUGUCAAGGAGAUGUUCCUGAGGGGAAGGAAAUACCACCUUUAUGUUCACAGAUACUUGCACUAUGGUUUACUAGCUGCUCGUGCUGAGAUUUUAAAGGUUUCUGAAGAUGCUGAAAACCCUUGUAUCUUAACUGGCUACGAUGGAUCCUACAAAUAUGGUGGAAAGUCGUAUAAAGCUUCAUCCUCCUCCUCUGGAGCAAGCUUGAAUGAAUGCAAAAGUAUUGCUCUUAAGGCUCUGAAAGUUAACGAGUCAACAUGUACUCAUAUGAAGUGUACUUUUGGUGGGAUAUGGAAUGGUGGAGGGGGGGAUGGACAGAAGAACCUUUUUGUUGCCUCCUUUUUCUUUGACCGGGCUGCUGAGGUAUUCAUUAAUUUAUUUUAGAAUUAAAUGUUUAGUUUUUAAACUUUUGUCAAUUUUCAUUUUAAUCCCUAAUAAUUUUUUUUUUGGUUUUAA